CGCAGACACCUCCAUUACACACACUCGCACCCCGAACGUCGCGGCACUCCCUUCAAGAUGGAUAUUGACAUGGACAUAGACUUUGAUGCGAGCGCGCUGCCUGCGACGGAAACCACCGAGCAGAACAACGACACCACCGUCAGCGAUGCGCCUUUGCCCGCCGCAUACUACGAGAACCUCGACGAGCGCCCAGGUCGGCAAGUCGAGCAAUGGCCCGAGACCCUCAAUCUGCAGGGCGUAGACGGUUUCGAUCCCAGUGACGCCGCUUACUACCUCAUCGAAUCAGGCGUGGGCCCAAGAUUCAAACAGACGCGCUGGGUGCACGACUCGUCCCUGAACCUCCAGUUCCAUAACGCCGAAGAUGCCGCGGCGGCAUUGCACCAGCUGACCGACCCGGAAGCCGGAGACCCUACAACCAUUCCCGCGGAGGUUUCCCGCAAAGCGAAGCCAUACAAAGGCCUGAACCUUACUGUACGGCAGGCAAACACUAGUGAUCAGAAAGUACGAGGCGCGGCGACGUAUAGCAAGUACUAUGAGAAGAACCCUGAUGUGCGAGGCGGAGAUCGCCGCCCAGCUCGUGGCCGUGAGCAGGAGCCACGACGCCGCCAACCCCCGCGCAGGGACUUCCUGGACUAUGGAGAAGAUGAGCCUGCAAGGAACAACCGGAGAAGCCGCAGCGGUGACGAGCAAAUGCGCGACGGCUCCGACUAUGAGAAUCGAAGGAACCGACGUAACGGCAAUCGCUUGCGCGAUGAUGGUCGAUUGAAAGCCGCAGAUGUAGACUCAUACCGCCCCGGCUCCCAGGGCCCGCGCGAGUCACGAUUCGGACGCCUACGAGGCCGCAGUGCUUCGCCAGUCUCAGGCGGCGAGGGCGACGGUCGAUACGGCUUCACAGAAACUGGCACAUCUACGCGCCGCCAAUACAGGAGUCGGAGCCGUAGCCGCAACAACCGUCGGCGGAAGGAACCUAGCGUUGAGCGAUGGACUCACGACCGGGCAAAUUACGAUCGUGAGCAGGGCCCACCGGCACGCUGGACAAAGGACGCGUCCACGUCGCGAUAUGGCGAUGUCUUGUCGAGUGAGAGCAAGCACCGCCGAUCAGAUGCUUUCGAUGAAAGUGCUAACAGGAGCGGAGGAUCUCUUUUGUCACGUAUGACCAAAGACGGCCAGCCACUGGCUCCACAAGGCCGUUCUCUAGCCAGCCGGAUCACCCGCGAUACCGACGACGACUCAUCAUACGGACGACUCAAGGGCGAUGACAGCGCUCCGGCAUACGUUGACUUCUCGGAACCCGCGCCACGAAGAGGCUUGGCCAGUCGCAUCACUCGAGACGACGAGGAUUUGGAAGGCAUCAACAUCCGGGGUACCGCGUCGCAACAAGGCGGCUUCUCCAUCCGCGGCGUUGCUGGCGGUGCAUAGUACGACACGAAAGCGUUGAUACCUCGACCUAUUGACGCCCGUCAUCUGCAGGUUGAUCCCGUUGACGGUGGAAAGGAAAUCACCUACUCCCGGGGCAACCAUCCCCGUGGGAAUACCUGGCGGCCAGAUACCGCCCAUGGUGGACUGGAGAUCACAAUGAACCAAGAGCCGCCUAUGGCUUGGAUAGACUUCUGUUGAACAGCAAUAUCUCCAUACUCCUCAGCAUCCUCGUUACGAUGCACGGUCCGGCGUAUGGAGCAUUGGAGGAUAACCAUCGAAAAAUAGUGCAUGAAUUUGGGUGGAUGACGUCCGUAAUUAGAGCGGACUUUGUGGCUAUAUGUUUGGGCAGAUCGAGAUUGUGAUGUCUCGGCUAGUCGAUCAUGAAUUGAAAAUGUUACCUCU